UUUUAUUGUGAAUUUAAUCUGAAAAUGGUCGUCAAAAUUUAGGAAUUCAUUCUUCGGUAGUAAUCGUCAGCAUAGGAUAUCAUAAAUUAUGUGAUCACCCAUGUGGCUAUCAUGGCAGCUACAAAAGAGGGGUGUGUACCUGUUGAGCUGAGAGAGCGACUAGAGAGCUGUCUAGGGUCUGUAGGCGUCCUCAUUAAGAGUAUCAGAGCGAACCAGUUGAAUCGGACUAGAUCCCCUGACGUCGAUCUUCGCGUACGAUUGGUCGAAACCUCUCAACAACUAUCUGACACUUGUACUAAACUAGCCCUGCUGUUCUCCAAGCCGCCCCUUCCCUCAUUGUCAGAGUGUGGGGGACUGUGUGACAGACUAGAGGGGGCCUGUCUCGAGUUUGUGGCGGCGUACGCUCACUUGGAGGGAGGGGCUACUUAUCGGGAGGAGGUCAAGAUCGUUGUACUGUGUGUUCUAGAGGACCUUGCUAAACUCAUUACUAUCAUAGCCUCUCAAGGAGGAACAAGAAGUGCUGCUCAACUGCACAGGACUGGUGCAGUAUGGAAGAGUUGCGGUGAUGUCAGCAAACUAUCCCGAGAUGAUCGAUCAGCUGUCCUCAAAGUGUACCUCUCACAACUACAACUACUGAGGGACGCCCUCUCUGAGCUAACACAGCUGGAGUCUCGAAAUGGUGUGUGUGAUGAGAGUGAGUGGGAUGAUGGUAUGGAGGAGAGACAAGGAGAACUGGAGACAGUCGAGUGGACAGAGGAGGAGCUUCAAAUUAUUCGACCUGCUUCCCAACUUAUUAAGGUGUGUGUGGAGGUGGUGGAGUGUGCCUCUCGACUCCUGGUGACUGGUGGAGGGGAUGGGGGCGUGGCAGACAUGGAUGCUGGCUGUGCUCUCAUCAAACAACUCAGCCCGGCAAUCGAUGAUCUGGCCAAUGAAAUGGAAGCACCAGUAGCUAUGGAGACAUGCCGAUCACUGGCGCUUAAAGUGAGUGAGGUACUACUAAGCUGCGUCCACUCUCUCAGCUCCCACAGCUACUGUCAGGCAAAUGGCUGGCCUCGGGAUCAUUUCAUAGCUUCUAUAGAUAGCUACACCCAGCUACUAACUGUCAACUUGUAUUUAGCUGGCAUGCAUCUUUAGUUACAUGUUAUUCUGUGUGGUAUUUUUGCAGUUUUAUAAAGCACGUAUAAUUAUAGAAGUUUCUUUAAUCAUAAAUUGAGUUCACACAA